CUGUCAUUUUUUUCUGACAGCGCGUAGCCUCCGAAAUUGUGCGCGUUCCGUGGACUUUGCGAACUUACAACACACUCUGCUCGCGUAUCGCGACAAAACUGUGCGACGGAUAAGAAGUGUUCCCCCGCGAUCGGAUUGUAAUCCCCUUACCCAAAGAACGGACGACACGGUGGCAACGGGCUGCACGCUACAAAUUGCUGCGAACAGGCAGCGAGCACACCGGCUUCCAUUGGCAGGAUCGAACACAAGGAGCUCCUGGAUUGCGCUACACUACGCUCUGUGCCUGUGGUGAUGGUGACACGGGCGAUACUUCUAGAUUGAACAAUACCACACACGCACACGCAUUUGCUCCUUGUGCGGGCUGGGAAGUGUGUUCCGAAGCGUGAACACCACGGCCGGAAGGGCACAAAAGGCACGCACCGUGGCCCUCAAGCUUCCUGGUGCGAGGACACCGAUGCAUUGGGCGUCAAACAGGUAGCAGCGAGCCGUGAAAGCACACCUGGAGGAGACGAACAGGUUGGCAGUACCCCGCGUGCAGGCUAUAAAAAAAACACGAAGAAGACACUGUUAAAACCAACGCACACAGAAAACAGCCUUCGAUAACCAAUCCCGUCUCGAUGAUAAAGCCCACGACUGAAUGCGCAAAAAGCAAGAGCAUCGUGCGAGAUAAAUACAAGACCCUGUAGGCUUGUGUGAACGCGGGUCCAUCUCAGAACUCCAUCGCCGAAAGUGUGAAAAAAGCAUACGCAUUUGGAGCGAAACAGGAUACGCCAUCGACGAUCCCCGUGACACCACACGAAGGACGGGGUGGCUGCUAGGGAUCAAUGAGGCGAGCUGAUGCUGUGAUGACGGUGAUGAUGUGCAGCUGAAACGCGCUCUACCUGUCGUCCGCAAGCAACUGUGCCAUGAGUAACGAGUGCUGAAUGUGUGUAUGUGAGUGUGUGCGCCCGUGCGUCAAUGUGUGUGUGUGCGUGCGUUUAGUCGCGUUUUAGUUUUGUUUUGUUUGGCCCUCAGUGUCGCGCGCGCGGAGUUUUGCAAUCACACCACCCCAUUCCACACAUCACAAGGGGGGCAGCAAGCUGUGCUGGCUCGCUGGCUUGCAAUAAGGCUGCGCGCUUGUGUGUGUCACACAUUGGGUCAAACUUAACGACCCCUCUCGCGUCAUCGUUGGUCGGUCAGCGUUGUAAUUACAGCGAACGGUGGCAAGGCAAGCUGCUGCAUCAUACCGCACACCGGUGGACCGUCCGUCCGUGCCGUAGUUGUAGAAUAAUGUGCGCGUUGCACGGCUAAAGCACACAGGCCCACCUUCCCCUUCGCGUCGUCUGCUCCGAAUGAAUUGUGGCCAUCGGCGUAGCUUAAGCUUGUCCCGUUUGUUCCGCAACAUCGUCGCAACGGAAAGGCACACCCGGAAGCGAAGGCGCAAGAAGAGCGAACGCGGCACCACAGCGCGGACUAGGCGGGGUUGCUGCACCGAUAAGUAAUCACAGGAAAGAACGUAGAGAUAAUCGUUUCACGUUAAACUGUUAACUGAUAAAUUCAACACCAUCAUCAUCAUCAUCCAGGAGCGCUAUAACCAUUCGCCUCAGAGAAGUUGGAAAAGUGUCGGACGGCUUCGAUCUCUACCGUCACACGCAGGCAAUCUCCACCAGCCGUGGGUCUGAAGCGUGUCGCAAAAAAAAAAAACCAAAAAAAAUCCCGUAGCUUAAUACCGAGAUAGCCGAGAACGAUGGGUGCCUUUCUGGAGAAGCCAAUGACCUCCAAGCACAACGAGCACGGCGAGGGCAAUGGGCUGCGGUACGGCGUCGGCUCGAUGCAGGGCUGGCGGUGCGAGAUGGAGGACGCCUACCACGCCAAAACCGGACUGGGCGACAGCCUGGACGACUGGAACUACUUCGCCGUGUUCGACGGGCACGCGGGCGACAACGUGGCCAAGCACUGUGCGGCCAACCUGCUGCAGCGCAUCAUCACGACGACCGAGUUCGGCAACAAUGACAUCACCAAGGGCAUACACACCGGCUUCCUGCAGCUGGACGAGUCGAUGCGCAACAUUCCCGAGCUGGCGUCCGGGCUGGACAAGUCCGGCACGACCGCCGUCUGCGCGUUCAUCUCCAGCCAGCACCUGUACAUAGCGAACUGUGGCGAUUCGCGCGCCGUCCUCUGCCAGAACGCCCAGCCCAUCUUCACCACCCAGGACCACAAGCCGAUCCUGCCGGGCGAGAAGGAGCGCAUCCAGAACGCGGGCGGCUCCGUCAUGGUGCAGCGCGUGAACGGCAGCCUCGCGGUGAGCCGGGCGCUCGGCGACUACGACUACAAGAAGGUGGCGAACCUGGGCCAGUGCGAGCAGCUCGUGUCGCCCGAGCCGGAGAUAUUCUGCCGCGAUCGGGAACCGGCCGACGAGUUUCUGGUGCUCGCCUGCGACGGCGUCUGGGACGUGAUGAGCAACGAGGAGCUGUGCCAGUUCGUGCACAACCGGCUGGAGGUGUCCGACAACCUGGUGGACGUGGCGAACCAGGUGAUCGACACCUGCCUGCACAAGGGCAGCCGGGACAACAUGAGCAUCAUCAUCAUCGCAUUUCCGGGCGCGCCGCCCGUCUCGGAGGAGGCGCAGAAGCGCGAGGAAGCGCUGGAGCAGCACCUGCGGGCCCGCAUCGAGCAGAUACUGGGCGAGAUGAGCUCGAUCGAGUACGGCGCACUGCUGAAGGAGCUGGCCCGGGAGGACAUUCCCGACCUACCGCCCGGCGGUGGCCUACACGCCAAGUGUUCGUACGUGUCGAAGGUGUUUAAGGAGCUGCAUCCAAAGCUGGCCGAAACGUGCGAAAUGGGAAACUACUAAAGCAGGGACGGCAGGAAGAUGCAGGCAGGCAGUGCGGAAGUAGAACAAACAAAAAGGAAAGGUUAUGAAGUAGUAAUUACAGCAAAAAGAUGCAAAGAUGUCCCACGCCCUUCCCGGUGGUGUCCUGUAUCCUCCGCCCAGUCCCACACAUUCUUCCUUCCCAGCGAGCACUUUGGCAUGCGCGAAUGUGCCGAACACGUGCUGGCUGGCAGGGUAAAAUCGCAUACAAAGGAAUAUAGCUGGGAACGAGCAUCUUUUUUUUUCUACUGCAAUCAUUCGAAUCAGGCAGAGAAUUGAUAUGAACACACACAGAAACAAAAAGCCCAAGCAUAUAGGACGGAGAUCGUAAGGAGCAGUAGUAGCUAAUAAGGCUGUGUUCAUUGUUGCUGUUAUAGUGAAGAGAGAAGGAAAAAGAGAAAACACAAAAUAAUGAAAAAGGUGAACAUACAUACUGAACAUACACAACUUACACAACGCAACACAGCAGCAGCAGAUUGUCUUCAAAACAUGGGUGCCAAGUGAGUUGUGUGGUGCGGGUGUCGCAGGUAAACAAUUAAAACGAAACAAACCCAAGAUAUACACUGUACAGAACACACACACACACACAGACAUCAUCGGCGCCAUUUUUUUCAUUUGAUUAGCGAUAGAUGGUAGUAUGCAUAGCUCAACACUGGUAGGGAUCGGUAAGGACACAGUCAAGAGAAGAAGCAGCAGCAGCAGCAGCCACAGUAAGAGCAUCGUAAGAAACAAAACGUUUAAGUUACAUUAAUUAAGUAUGUUUUUAGUUUUUAAAGUACGAUCUGUAUUAUUCUUCGGAUUAGCAGUUUUAAAUCUAAAUUUAUCGUGUUUAGGGGCGCUGAAAUUAACGAACCCUUCUGCCAAUAACUACUAUAUGAAUGUGCAGUUGCGUAUGAGUAUUGUGCGGAUCUAUUGCUUUCUUUGUUUGUGCUUUCCGUUCGUAUUCUUUUCACUUUCGUCCUUUGUCAGGACUUUGUUUUUUUUAUUACUACGGUUUCCAUUUUGUUUCUCAGUGAAAUGAUAGUGUAAGACUAGGCCGAUAGGUUUGUUAGCGUGUUGUUGUGAUAGUGCUAAAUAUUACUCGCCUACCCCCCUAUGCCACCCCCCCACCCCCCUUCAACGCUUUACUCUCUGUCUCUCCCUUCUUGCAAAGCUGCUGUUUUCAAAAGGUAUAUUAACUAAAUUCAAGUUUGUUUGUGUUGCGAUUGUCGUAUAGAGCAGCGCUCUCAACUAUGAAAAAUGAUAAUUGAUUACAAAGAAAGUAAAAAAAACACUUUACACACCCGAAAAGCGACAGCGACAAACGCCACCAAACACACACACACACACAUUUCUCGUAUAGGACUAUAAGGGAGGAUAGUAAGCUGUAAAAGACAUGUUAUAUUGUAGCGUUGGAGUCGAUGGAGUUGGGUAGGGGGUCAGAAUUUAAAAAAAAUGGUAACGGGUAACGGGGAAUGAGAUAAAGGGCGCGAAGGAAAAGCGGAACACAGGAGUUGAUAUAAUGUAUCGUACGUUAAGAACCAUUAACAAAACUAUCCUUCACAUCAUGCUGGUACUUUUUGUUGCGUUCUUUCUGAAGAGAAAUGAUGUUGUGAUAAGACGUAAACAGAGAAAAGGAAUGAACACACACAAUGUCCAAUGGGGGCACAGACGAGUAGGACAAAGAAGUGUAGUUUGAUGAGUUUUGAGCAUGGAAAAGGUAACAGGAAAGGUGAGGGGAACACACACACGGCAGAGCACUGAGAGACAGAAAUUCCCUUUCCUUUAGAAUAGAAUGCAAAGCAAACACGUGUGAAGAACAACCACAAACGAGCUCGAUCUUUUGCGUGUUUUGAGGCCAGACAUGCUGUUCGAAGCCCUUUCCUCCUACUCGUGUUAGGUUUCUUGUAUAAACAAUUUUCUGUUAAGAUAAGAUGUUUGGGAAGAACACCACUCCCGCGUCCUUACUUUUCAUUCACAAUGCGUGAAAUGCAUUAUCUUGCACUGCAUCAAAAGUAGAAUGGGAAAAGAAUGGGAAAAAAAUCGAUCGAAUGAAGCAACGACCCACAGCGUCCACGAGAAAACGGAUGCUAGGUUGCAAAAAAAUGGCGAAAUGUAUUAAUAUGUUUACCAAACAA